CCGGUGGAGAAGUCAAACCUCCUGGGUUAAUACCUCUUUCAGUAGAUGGCAUAUAUGUUCAUGCUGUGCCCUGCUCCCCGUCUAGUAGUGAUCUCUGUCGAUUACAAUCGACAACGGUUGGCGGGAUCGGCGGAUACUGGGUGCGAAAGUGUAAAAUGUGGUGUUAGUGUUUUAAUUGAGACUAAAUAAUCUGUGCAUGUUUUAAUGAAAAUUACGUAAUGAAUUUUGGUAGUUUAUCCCAUUACCUUUCAAUUGAAGACUUAUUUGCCACGCAGGAAAGGCUACCAUGCAAGUUUGUGGUUCCUGUUCAUCGCCUAGGUUUCUUGGAUCCAUCUUCAGAAAAUGAAGACAUUGCAGUAGGAACUACUGUUGAACUUCCUUACUGGCUUGCACAGUCUUUGUGCUCUCGAAGAUGCAACAUAGUUAAAGUAGAGAUACCAAAGAUAUACAAAGAAGCAUAUAGGGAAAUUCUGAAAGCAGAUGCAUGUGUUGUUGACCUUCAUAAGUUUGGUUUGUUCUUUUAUGAAUUUGGUGCUUACCUCUCUCGACUAGAACACCGGGAUUCAACAGAAAUUGGAUCUGUACUAGUACAGACAUUCAAGGAGAGAUUUCGUCAAGUAAUGGACUGGGCACAUAACUCUGGGACAGACCCGGCAGUAACACAACGCUUGGAUUCUUUGGAAAGGGCACUGUUCCGAGAAGGACAUCAGACUCGGGCACAGCUAGAUGCCUGGCUCAGUGAGGGAGCAGGUCAGAUCACAGCAGCGGAAAUGGUCAUUAACCAUAAGAAACGCAAACUGGCAGUUCUUGAUGACUUUUGUUGAACAUUGGUAAUAUAUUAUAAUUUUGUGUUCCUGUGUAAGACAGGUACAUAUACAGUGGUUCAUACAGAAAUAUUUUUGUAUAAAACAAGAAUUCUUUUUGUUUAAAGAAUUUGCAUUGUGUUCAUUAAAAACCUCAGUAUAAACAAUUUGUAAAUUACAGUAUAUCAGCCACUUCAUUACAAUAAAUACUUUUCAAAAUGGUGGCAGUAAUACUAAAACUGAUUCAGCUAGCCCCAACUGCAGCAUUCAUUUAAUGUAGAGCCUAUCAUCAUCAGUAAUCUGUCAGACGACAGGUCCACAGUCUCUUUCAAAACAAUUCCUCCACUUAAUGCGA